AGGCUGUGGAGCUUUGCGCGCGUCGCGGCGCUCGAGACGAGCGCGUCGAGCGCGUCGAGUGAGUCGCGCGCCGCCCACUCGCGCGCCGCCCACCCGUGCGCCGUCGCGCGCGCCGUCGCGUCGAGCAUGUUCAGUCUCCUGGAGGCGCUCAAGGAGACGUGCUUCAAGCAGCCCGAGCUGAACAUCUGCAUCGUCGGCGUCGACGGGUCCGGCAAGACGAGCGUGCUCGAGCGCGCCAAGGGCGCCUUCGGGUCGCGGCUGCCGCCGCUGCCGCUGAGCAAGAUCACGCCGACGACGGGCAUGAACCUCGCGCAGGUGGAGCUCGCGCGGGCCAAGGUCACGUUCUGGGACCUCGGCGGCGGCGCGUCCGCGCGGUCGCUCUGGGCGCGCUACUACGCGGAGACGCACGGCGUCGUCUUCGUCGUCGACGCGGCGGACGCGGACCGCCUCCGCGAGGCGCGCGACGCCUUCCGCGGCGCGCUCGACCACCCAGAUCUGGCCGACGCGCCGUUCCUCGUCCUCGCGAACAAGCAGGACGCCGUCGGCGCGUGCGGCGCGGACGAGCUCGCGACGCUCUUCGAGGUGCGCGAGCUCCAGCGCGCGGGCCGGCGGAGCGUGGACCUGCGGGCCUGCUCCUGCGCCGACGCGGCGAACGUCGAGGAGAGCCUCCUCUGGCUCGUCCACGAGGCCAAGGCCCUCGCGCCGCGCGCCGCGCCUAACGAGUAGCCUUCGGGG